CUUUACAGGUAUUCACAGUUUUACACAGAAGAUGAAUUCUGCCACUACAACAUGUUUAAUCAUUAUUUUUUUGGUGGAGAGGCUGCACGUGAAACCUGUAGGAAAUUCUUGUGUCAAGACAGUGGUGAAAAAGUUAUUAUGGUAACUGAUCCCCCAUUUGGAGGUUUAGUGGAAGCACUGGCUUCUAGUUUUAAAAAACUGAUGUCAAUGUGGAAGGAGACAGAGAAGGAAGGUCAUAACAACCAAGAGAUGCCCAUGUUCUGGAUAUUUCCAUACUUCUUUGAGUCUCGUAUUCUGGAAUUUUUCCCAAGCUUCAGUAUGAUGGAUUACCAGGUAGACUAUGAUAAUCAUGCACUUUAUAAACAUGGCAAGACAGGUCGUAGACAGUCCCCUGUCCGUAUCUUCACGAACCUCCCCCCAAGUAUGAUUGUACUUCCUGCAGAAGAGGGUUAUAGGUUUUGCCAUAUAUGUCAGCGAUAUGUUAGUUCUGGUAACCAGCACUGUGAGAUAUGUGAUUCAUGUACGUCUAAAGAUGGUAGACGAUGGAAACAUUGUGUUCUUUGCAAAAGAUGUGUAAAACCCUCGUGGUUUCACUGUAAUAGUUGCAACUGCUGCGCUCUUCCAAACCACACCUGUGAGAAGACUGAUGCUGGCUGUUUUGUCUGUGGCAAGGCAGGUCACAAACGCAGUGCCUGUCCCAGUCUCUCCCACACCAGAACAGCUUCCCAAGCUGGCAAAAAGCAAAGGCAAAAAACUCUAAAGAGGAUAAAGAUGGGGAUCUGUAAAAGAUCAGCUAUGAAGUGUGCCAUGUUCUUUAGGAAGAAA